AAUAAUAUAACCUAUGGGUGCUGUCUGUUGUACCGAAUAAUCUGAAAGAGCAGGUGAAUUAGAUAUGAAAAUAACUAUAUUAGAGGCUAAUAAUUAAUAAAUUGGAAAUGGAACUGUUACUAUAUCAAAGGAAUUAUAUGAUAGUAAGGAUAAAAUAUAAGUAUAAAUGGAAAUUUGCUAUUCAUGUCAAGUAUUGAAAAUUCGAUGUGAAUGUAAAUCAGUAUAAAAAUUGUAUGGAGAUAUGGAUGAAGAAGAAAUAUUUAUAAAUUCAUCUUUAUCUUUAGAUAGUUCAUCUUCUGAAUCUCGUCCUGACGAUACAAAUACUAAAAAAACGAUUUUAAAGCAUUAAUUACAUUAUGUUUCAAAUACACAAUAAUAGCAAAUUUAAAUAAAAAAGAAGGUUAGAUUCGAUUUAUCUAAGAAAUAAUGA